AUGUCAAGCCCAGAAGAAGUCCCCUUCUACUCAGCCGCGAAUUGGCGGAGACGAACAAACAUAUACAACGUAAACAUUCAAUUCACAAUCCACAACCCACAACCCACAGCCAUGACGUCCGUUUCAACCAAUCUAACCUCCAACCCCCAGCAGCCCACCCUCUUCGGCGACGGCCUCCCAACCAAGCGACCCAAAGCCACCUCCCCACCCUGGGCACCAUGGAUCGAUCCCGGCCGCGAAGUCCUCUCCGAGGCCGAAUCCCGAUGGUCGCUCUACCUAUAUUACGAGUUCGACCGCAAAACAUUAUUCUUCGAACAAAUUCCCGUUCCAGACAAUAGCGCCGUCGCACCAGACGCGUCGCAAUGGCCAUGGCCAGCCAAGUUCUUCGACGAAACGGCCAACCAGAUCACUGAGCGCAAUGCAAAGGAGUCGGCGUUUCUUCGUCUGCCGAAAGAGUUGAGGUGGACGAUAUAUCAGUAUGUCAUCGCGGAUAGUGAUGGGACGUGCUGGAAUCGUUUCACAUGCGAGGGCAAGGUUUCCGUUGCUGCGAGUUUGUCGACAGGUGUAUGCUGA